GCAUUCUAUAGGUGAGUACGAGAUCCUAUACAAAAUCUACAUAGCUGUAGUUAGGCGCGCGCAUACUUUUUACGUAAUAUAGGUAGGUCCACAUUAUUAUGGCCAGUUAUGAAUAAGUUGCAUGAUAUUAUAAGGUUAGAGUUUACUGCCACUUAUGUGGCUUGCGGCCAUGGAAACCGACAUAGGUACUUACAAAUGCUGUCAUAUAAAGAUCGUUCAUGGGAUCUGACGGAACGCAGCAAUCGCUAUGGCAAGUGGCGGCGGCUGCAGGCACAGGCGCUGUCAGCGCCGCGGCGACCACUGACUGCUCCUUAUCGAACGCGGCGGCACGUGCGGCGCGCCGUGACGCCGGCCGCUGCAGCGCCGCCGUUAACUAGCUACGUAUUUUAUUCUUACUUUAACCCAUGGUAAAUGUAAUAAGUGCUCGAAAUUAGCUUAUAGGAAUAUUGCACUUUUUUCUCAUUGCAAUCAGUAAACUUUGACUAAUAUUGUUCAGCUAGAUUCACUGAAGAGUAGUGCUUCCUGUAUUAUGGCAUGAACACGAACUAGCGUACUGCAUCUGGUCGUGGGGCAAUGCUGCAGCGAGGCAGCGGAGGGCGCCGUCAGUCCGCGCUGUUGACUCUACGCAUCGGCUGAUACUGCUACCGAGAUAAUGAAUCAAAUUAUAACGUGUGGCGCUAUGUGUGCGCGGGCACAGUGACAGUCGCUCGGUCGGCGCAGGCGGACCGGCGCGACGCGUACUGAGCGAGUGGACAUGGAGCGCGCGCGCGCGGUGCUGGCGCGCCGGCUGCCGCUGCUGCGCUGGCUGCCGCAGUACUCGCGCGUGGCGGCGCUGGCGGACCUGGUGGCGGGCGUCACGCUGGGCCUCACGCUGGUGCCGCAGAGCAUCGCCUACGCCGCGCUCGCGGACCUGCCCGUGCACUACGGCCUCUACUCCUCCUUCCUCGGCACGAUGCUGUACGUGGCGCUGGGCACGGUGAAGGAGGUGUCCAUCGGGCCCACCAGCCUGAUGGCGCUGCUGACGCUGCAGGCGUGCCGCGGCCUGCCCAUCGAGUUCGUGCUGCUGCUCACCUUCCUGUCGGGCUGCGUCGUGCUGCUCAUGGGACUGCUUCGUCUAGGUUUCCUGGUGGAACUGAUCUCGCCGUCGGUGACGAGCGGGUUCACGUCGGCGACGGCGCUGAUCAUCGUGGCGGCGCAGCUGAAGGGGCUGCUGGGGCUGAGCUUCACGGCCGAGUCGGUGGCGGACAACGUGCGCCUCAUCGUGACGCAGUGGCCGCUCGUGCGCCGCGCCGACUGCGCGCUCGCCGCCGCCUGCUGCACCGCGCUGCUGCUGCUGCGGAAAGUGAAGGACGUUCGCGUACGCAGCAAGCGCAUGGGGCGCGUGCUGUGGCUGCUGUCGAUCAGCCGCAACGCGCUGGUGGUGCUGGCGGCGUCGGUGCUAGCGUACGUGACGCACGGCCCGGACCGGCCGCUGUUCAAGUUGUCGGGUCGCGUGGAGCCGGGGCUGCCGCCGCUGUCGGCGCCGCCCUUCAGCGCCACGGUGGGCAACACCACGAUGAAUUUCGUGGACAUGGUGCAACAGCUGGGUUCCGCCGUCAUUAUGAUGCCUAUCGUCAUGGUGCUCGCAAACAUCGCUAUCGCUAAGGCUUUCUCGGAAGGCGGACGCGUGGACGCCACGCAGGAGAUGGUGACGCUGGGGCUGUGCAACAUGGCGGGCUCGCUGGUGCACGCCAUGCCCACGUGCGGCGCCUUCACGCGCUCCGCCGUGUCGCACUCCAGCGGCGUCCGCACGCCGGCCGCCGGCCUCUACUCCGGUAUCAUCACGCUGUUGGCGCUGAUCUUCCUCACCAAGUACUUCUACUUCAUUCCAAAAGCGUGCCUGUCGUCCGUGCUCAUCUGCGCAGUCAUAUUUAUGGUGGACGUGCGCACGGUGCGGCGGCUGUGGGCCGGCGACCGCGCGGAGCUGGGCGUGCUGGCGCUGACGUUCGGCGUGAGCCUCGCGCGCUCCGUGGAGCUGGCCGUGCUGGCGGGCGCGCUGGCCUCGCUGGCCGCGCUGCUGCGCCGCCUCAUGCGCCCGCGCGUGCACACCUACCAUGUCAAGUUCUAUGAGAAAAAAAUGUAUGAAGCUGGCAUCUGGUUUGUGGGGUCGUGUCAGACGGAGCUGGGCGCGGGGCUGCGCGUGCGGCCGGCGCAGGGCGCGUCCUACGUGUGCGCGGAGCUGCUGGCGCGGCGCGUGCUGGCCGCCGCCGCCGCCGCCGCGCCGCGCCCGCUGCUGCUCGACUGCGCCUGCCUCGCGCUGCUCGACUACGCCGCCGUCAAGAUGCUAGAACGUUUGAUAACGAAGUUUAAAGCGAACGAGCAGCUGCUGAUCAUAUACAACGUGCCCGAGGAGCUGGUGCACAAGUACGAGCAGCUGGCGGGCGUGGACGCGCGGGCACUGCGCGCCAGCAGCGCCGCCGACGCGCUCGCCGCCGUGGCGCCGCCGCCCGCCGCGCUGGCGCCGCCGCCCGCCGCCGACGCCGAGAGCGCCGCGCUGCUGCAGCCCGUCUGACCCGCACUCUGCUCCUCCGUGCUCUGUAACCUUCUGCAGCCUCACUACAACAUUACAUUCCGCUCACAUUUGUCGACUGACACCUGUAGCUGACGAGCAACUGCGAAUUUCCACGUUUAAAGGUAUGUUUUGAAUCCUAACUGCCGACCCCAUGCAUGAGAUCGGUCGAUAUCUGAGGGCGACUGAACGUGCUGCUGCCGCUUCGAUCCAAAAUUAAACAUAAAUUAUAGAAACCAGUAGUGCAGCUGCGGCCGAUCUACGCGGCUUGUAGGGUCGCCAGUUGCAGUCGCCAGCCAGCAUUCUAUGUACCUUAACAAAGCUAGUCGCAAUUGUAAAGUUAUUUUAAGUGUAAAUUUAAUUUAAAUUAAUGUUUUAAUUAUUAUACGAAGUUAUUAUGAAAUAAAAACCUAAAUUAUGAAUUGUUUUAA